AAGUGCCACGGUGUGUCGGGCUCCUGCACCACCAAGACCUGCUGGACCACGCUGCCCAAGUUCCGCGAGGUGGGCCACCUGCUGAAGGAGAAGUACAACGUGGCGGUGCAGGUGGAGGUGGUGCGGGCCAGCCGCCUGCGGCAGCCCACCUUCCUGCGCAUCAAACAGCUGCGCAGCUACCAGAAGCCCAUGGAGACGGACCUGGUGUACAUCGAGAAGUCGCCCAACUACUGCGAGGAGGACGCGGCCACCGGCAGCGUGGGCACGCAGGGCCGCCUCUGCAACCGCACCUCCCCCGGC